UAAAACGUUAUGUGGACAAGAACACAUAUUAUGUUUCCGUACUGACGACCCUCUGCGGUCGAGAGACGACCAAACAGAAAAUCAGACUGGUUUCGUCAUCCAAGCGUGGCAAGGGACUGUGAAAAGAAUAUAAAGCAGAAGCCUUAUCAUAGCUUGCAGAGGUUCAGCUGUGGCAAACUUUGUGCUUGACUAGAAAGAAGAUCCUCUAUUCGACAGCAUAGAGUUUAGCAAUUGCAGAUGGCACUGGUAAACAUUGAAAAAACAAAAUUGCUGGUUCUAUUCAUUCUUGUAACAGAAAAUACGAUCUGUUACAUUCUGGAUGGAAAAUCAAAAGGCCAAGAAAGUAUCAUCGAGAAAGAUAUUAUUAUGGAUAGGAAUCUGGAGGCAGUAAUUGAAGCUGCUUCCGGAAAUGGCGGACGCAACAAAAGAGAUGCAGUCAAAUACCAUCAGAAAAGAUGGAGAGAUGCCAUUGUACCAUAUGCUGUUGAUGCCAGUUUAGGAUUUUCAGGUAGAAAAGCUCUGAUGUACGCCAUCGAUGAAUUCCAUACAAGGACGUGUCUUUGGUUCACUCCGAGGAAAAAUGAAAAGGACUACAUUCGCAUUGUUUCAGGCACCGGAUGCACCUCUAAAAUUGGCAGACAAGGUGGAGAACAGAUAGUGUCAAUCGGCCCAGGCUGCGCAGAAAAGUUUAUCGUUAUGCACGAAUUAAUGCAUGUUAUGGGCUUUUUCCACGAAAACAGCAGAUACGAUCGGGAUCAGUUUGUAAAAGUUCUUUGGUGGAAUAUCCAGCAAGGUGCUGAAAAGAAUUUCCUAACUUAUCACCACGGAAGAAUAGAUACACUGUCGAUGCCGUAUGACAUCAAUUCUAUAAUGCACUAUGACAAUAAAGCAUUCACUAAGAACCAUCAGGACACGAUGCAGGCAAUUGACAAUCCGGCAAAAAGCCUUGGAGGCAAAAUCCUAACCAGCACUGAUGUUAAACAAAUUUUACUGCUUUACAAAUGCAGGCGGCCUAAGCAUGCAAUUAGAAGAGAGCGGUGCAAAGACAGACGAAAACGAGGUUGCAUGCUGUUUCUUGCCUACCCUGAACUAUGCCUACUCCGCAAACAAUUUACAUACAAAUACUGCCAAAGAACCUGUCGCCUUUGCGAGGCUAAAUCAAACAGGCAUGGAAAUAAAUAACGACCAUGUGAGCUGAUGUACUUAGUAAUUGGUCUGCGAAUGUCGGAGACGCUUCAACAAAGUAUGGUCCUUAUUUGGCAAAUACUCCAGACAAACCUGCAACACACAAAAAGUAUUAAGGAGACUUAUCCUUGGAGACUGUGGUUUCUCUCCUCAAAAAGACUAUUUAAAAAGAAGCUAUGGCUUAACUUUCGGCAGCAUUUUCAUUAGAGUUAUCUCGAUUACUUUGCGAAAGAACAACGUCUGGGUGUAAUCUUGGCAGCUUAAGUUUGUUUUUCUUGAAGUUGUUACAAAUGGAGGAGGGCAUUUGCAUUCGGGGUGUUCGUUAAGGAAAAUCCAAAAACCUAAUCCAAAGGCAGACGAAUGACUAGAGUCAAGUUACACAGCACAUCUGUUUAGCCUGAAGAUUUAUUUUGUUUUCUCUUAACAGAAAUAGCCUUUUGUGGUGCUAAUAGUGAUAGGUACUGAGAGAUUCAACGUAUUUGUUCAUUAUACAAUGCCUAAGCACUAGGAUACCUGAUGUAGACAGACAGAUAAAAUAAACUCUAAAUCAUGCUCAUUAGUAGAGUGAUAAGAGUCAGCAAAUUUGAGCUGCUUCAAAUUUCAAACUGAUGCUGCUUAAAAUCAAAACUAAAAAUUGUGUUGAAACUUAUGCCGUCAUUAUUUGGCUCAAAGGUGCUGUAAGUAUUGUUGAUACCUUUGCUGCUAGCAACACUGUGGUCGUCCUCCAACGCACAAGCGCACAAAAAAUAUUGACAGUUUGAAGGUAAAAGAUAGCAGGGGCGAGUAUUCAGUCUGUCGCAUUCGGCAAAUUGAAAAUGCAGGAAGUCUUCUGAGGUGAAUUGAGAAACCUCAUAACCUUUUACUGGAGUAUUUCACUGAUUUACUAGCAUUGAUUGCGGGCAUAGUGUGAAUAGAUAAGAUAAAGUGAAUUUUCAGCGUAAAAAAGAAGGCAGUUUAUCAAUUUUCAAUCAAUUAUUAAUCAAACCGGAUUACCAGAACUUAUAAUAAGAAAUGUUUGUAACUGGGCAGAAAUUACAGAAGGUAAUGAUUGAUACCUGACGUAUAAUUUGAAAUAAAAAACCUAAAUCUCAUUCACAAAUACAAAUUAGUUAAAAUCUACAAACAGUAUUUGGUAGAGAUCAUCUCCAACGCUUAGACCCAGUCGUUUAAAGAUAUAUCUUUUCAUGCUUAGUAAACAAUUAAUAAUUAUUCAUAAUCAGUAAAAAGGUGUAUAAUUUUUCCUAACUUGACAAUACGCGAGAAUCGUAUUUACUUUUACUCAUAUUUUGCUCUACUAUCCCCAGUUUGUUUUAUUACGUCUUACGGUUUCUCAGGUGUGGCAUUAUUUUUUGCUGUCGAAUUAUUGGUUAGUUACUUCUCGUAUCAAGACAUGUAAAUAUGUAAUAUUGAAAAUCAACUAAUCAACAUGCAAAUAUAUUCUACUUGAUAAACGGCGUUUUUUUCACUUCUACUUCUUAUUUGCUACCGUCAGAUAACAAACGUUAGUUGGAUUGUUGAAGAAAUUGGUCACUUUUUAGAUAUAAAAAUAGCUCAAUUCCUCGAUUAAGCACUUAGGGGAUUUACUUGCCAGAAAUGUUUUUAUUGGGGCUUUUUCGAAAAUAAUUUAUUUGAGAGAAGAUUUAUGUAAAGGCGAGAACUUAAUGAUAGCAUGUAAAAUUAGCACAGACACUACCAUCGCACUCCUGUGACUAUCGCUAGGAGAGGGGGGGAAGGCUCUACCCCUUCUCUAUCUCAGGCGACCCCCUGAGUGCGAGUAAUUUUUAUCACGUGACCUGUACGGAGCCAAUUUUUUUCAAAUCGAGGUUUAUACACCUGUCUUUUUCGAGGCUAAUCUGCAUACUCUACCGUAGGGCCACUGGCAAACCCGCGUAGCGGGCUUUGUAGGGGAGCUUCCACUGCUAAAAAGGAUAGCAAAAAUUUGUUCAUAUCUAAUUUCAGCCUUUUAGCUCUGUUGAAAUAACACGUUUUUUAAUUUCCAAUACCUUUCUGGAUUGCCUGCCGUUAAAUUGAUAACAGAAACAAAAUUUAGGUCACCGUGGAGGCUUUAUUUGAUGGUACGGAAGAUGGAUAUGAUUUUUAGGAUAAACGAUCAAAUAAACUCACAUUGGCAAACAUUAGGGUGUGGGGACCUAUUUUGAUUAUUUUCACAUAAAUUUAAUAAGCUUAUUUGAGAUUCGUUGCUUGUUUAAAGACAAACUUAAAGAUAAAAGAUGAAAAUAUAGAUGACUUGUAACAUUAGCUCGCUCUAGUUAGAUUAGAUUUAUUAACCUGAAAAAGCAUAAGAUAUAGUUAAAAAUGCCAAUCUUCACCAAAAAAUUUAUCGUUAUGGUGUUGAACACCAAAAAUGUCCAGUUGGCAUAGAUUUUGUAGAGCAAAUUUGCCAGAUGUUGACGUCAGUUCGAAAACUGAAGCGUUCAAUUUUGAUGUACUACAAG